AUGGCGCUGCUGCCGUUUGUGUUCGAGGACUCGGUCUUCGAAGAGGGCGGCGGGGCGUCCAGGGCCGGCAGCCCCCUUGCUUCCCACUACAGCGCCCGGUGCUGCGAGCCCGAGUGGUUUUGUGAACAGGUAGAUUGCCAGGAUGAUCUUGAAAGGAUCAACAUAAAAAAGUUCAGAGGAGAUCUGGCCUAUAAGCAACAAGAAUUUCAGAAGGCUCUUCAGGAAUAUUCCAGUUGCCUUGCCCUUGUGCCUUCCAGUAAUACUGCCAUGAGAAGAGAUUUGAAAGAGAGCCAGGCCCGCUGUUUAGCUCAUCUGGGGAAACAUGAGGAAGCCUUGAGAAUUGCGGAAAACCUGAGAAACGGGGCAACAAAUACCGACCACGUAACAGCCGUACUUAAUCUGCAGUUUGCUAUUUAUCGCCUUCUGGAGGAUAUUGAGAACGUAAUUGGAUGCUUGCAACAAUUGAUCUUGUUGCACCCGUUUCAUCCACAGACUUGGAAUUUGCUUGCUGAAGCUUACAUGAGUUUGUUGCAAUUUCUGCCUUCUUUGUCAGCAAGAGAAGCCAGUAUGUCACAAAGUGAUGGCUUAAUUGCAGGCAGCUGCCUCCGGGUAGCAUCAAAAGAGGUCAGCUUUGUGUGUCAUCAGACACAGAGCCAGAGGAAGGAUGAUCUUUUGUUGUGUACUGUCCACCCAAACGACAGCUUUGGAUCUUGUGUGGAACGCCAAAGUGUGCAGAGACCUGUUUGUACGCUGGGAAAUUCAGGGACACGACCCACAAUGAAGAGAGCUUCCUUAGGGGAGCGAAGAUUGAAUGAUAUUUGUAUUUAUGCAUGUGCCUCCUUUGUUAGAGCCAGGCUUUUGCUUCAGCUUAUGCAGUUGACUCAGUCUUCUUUCGCUUUAGAGACUAACCUGAGAACGCAACAGGACAUUGAAGACAAAAUUAGAUUUUUUGAAUUGGAGGCAGACAGCUUGUCCUUGAUGACUGAGGUUAUGGGAGAAGAUCUUGUUCCGGAAAAGCUGAAAGGAGACGCUCAGGAAGAGGUUAAAUGCCUCUCUUCAGCAGUCCUAACAUCCAUCAGGACUGCAUCCACUGUGGAGUUUGAAAGAAAAUGGUUCCAGAAACUCAAAGAUUGCUUUUCUCACACGGACUGUCCGACAUAAUACCCAAAAAUGGCUGCACUGAAGCGCUUCUUCAGUAUUUCAGUUCUAUUUAACUCAUCUGUUGCAAGCCCUUGUGUAGAAGCAGCUUAAAGGUCUCCACAAUGGGCCAUCUGUAUUUUAACAGAAUAACAGAGUUGGAAGGGACCUUGGAGAU